CGUGGAUCGCCAGCAAAACUGUACAUGCUAGCUCUCGUCGUCCUCGGAGCUGCGGCCCCAGGACGAGGACCUGUGGCGGGCCCCACCCCAGGGCCAAGGGUCGUGUACGGAAGUGAUGAUCGGCGUGACCAUUACGCGCUGAAUGACAACGAUGCUGCCGACGUAAUGGCCAAGUCGCUCCUUGAGAACGCAAUCAUGGCGCACGUCAUCCGCUCGGACCUCGGCAGCCCCGACUCGGACGGCGUGUAUCGCGUGCUGGACGACUACCCGGACUUCGGCCGGCUCGGGCCGGCGCGGGGCAUGUGCGACGAUCAGCGAUUCCUGCGCGACCCGAGGCUCUCCUACUGCUCGGCCACUUGGGUCGGCGAGGACAGAGUGAUCACGGCCGGCCACUGCGUGGAGGACCAGUUCGACUGCGACAACGCAGCGUACGUCUUCAAGUACUACGUCACCGGGUACGACAAGAACGGCGACCCCACCUUCCCGGAGAUCACCACCGACGACGUGUACCUUUGCUCCAGCGUCACCACCGACUUUGCGGACGGCGGCACCGACAUCGCCCUCAUCAAGCUGGACCGGGCUGUGGUCGGCGGCCGCACUCCCCCCAUCUACCAAAAAUCGCAGGUCCCGACCACGUUCGGACAGAAGCUGCUGAUGAUUGGCUUCCCCGACGGGCUGCCGGCAAAAGUGGAGGACGGCGGUGCGGUCACAGACACUGGGAGUUCGAACGGGUACGAGUUCUUUACAGCCUCGACCGACGCGUUUGGAGGCAACUCGGGCAGCGGCGUCUUUGACGAACGCGGAACAAUGAUCGGCGUCUUGGUGCGCGGAGUGACAGACUACGUGUCUGACGACGAGCGGGGGUGCACGGUCGUCAACGAGCUCCCGAACUCUGCAGGGGGAGAAGGCAUCACUUACGUCGACCGAAUCACGCAACUUCAGCCGUCGCAGCCGUCGCCGCCGCCGCCGCCGCCGUCGCCGCCGCUGCCGCCGUUGGCACCUUGCUCGGUCAGCGUCGACAGCGGCCCAUGCUCACUCACCAAGAACGGCACGCAUUCGUGUGUCACCUCGCCCGGCUUCCCGAACGACUACCCGAACGACAAGGGCUGCACCAUCACGUGCUUGCCGGCGGCAAAUACUGUCGAGGCCUUUGACGUGGAGGAGGAAACAAGCUGCCAAUACGACUACCUUGAAGUCAACGGCGUGAAGUACUGCGGCACUUCCGGCCCGCCGAACGGGGAGCCCGCCGGCGCCGUGCAAUGGGUGUCUGACUUCUCGGUCACCGCCAAAGGCUGGAAGAUCUGCUGGGAGUUGGAGAAUGGGUCCUCACCAUCGGCGCCGCCGUCCUCGAUGCCGUCGCCGCCGCCCUCCGCCUCUCCGAUGCUGCCGCCGCCCUCCGCCUCUCCGGCGCCGCCGCCGCCGUCCGCGUCGCCAUCGCCGCCGCCGCCCUCCGCCUCUCCGCCGCCGCCAUCCGCGUCGCCAUCGCCGCCGCCGUCUGCGUCGCCGCCGCCGCCCUCCGCCUCUCCGGCGCCGCCGCCAUCGUCCGCGUCGCCAUCGCCGCCGCCGCCCUCCGCCUCUCCGGCGGCCCUCUCAAUCGAGUUCCAGGUCACCGUGGCUGGCGGCAGCUGGCAGUACGAGGUUUCGUGGUCCCUGACGUGCAGCGGCGCGUUGAUCGGCAGUGGAGGGGCCCCCUACUCCGGCACCCUGUCCGCGCCGCCCGGCGAGUGCACGCUCGACAUGAACGACUCGUACGGCGACGGCUGGAACGGCGACCAGUGGGAGGGUGCGGGCUAUACGUUCACGCUCGACUCCGGAUCCACCGGCAGCGCGACGUUCACCCUCGCGCCCUCCGCCUCGCCGCCGCCGCCGCCGCCGUUGGCACCUUGCUCGGUCAGCGUCGACAGCGGCCCAUGCUCACUCACCAAGAACGGCACGCAUUCGUGUGUCACUUCGCCCGGCUUUCCGGGCGACUACCCGAACGACAAGGGCUGCACCAUCACUUGCUUGCCGCCGGCAAAUACUGUCGAGGCUUUUGAAGUGGAGGACGAAACAAGCUGCCAAUACGACUACCUUGAAGUCAACGGCGUGAAGUACUGCGGCACUUCCGGCCCGCCGAACGGGGAGCCCGCCGGCGCCGUGCAAUGGGUGUCUGACUUCUCGAUCUGCUGGGAGUUGGAGAAUGGGUCCUCACCAUCGGCGCCGCCGUCCUCGAUGCCGUCGCCGCCGCCCUCCGCCUCUCCGGCGCCGCCCCCGUCCGCGUCGCCAUCGCCGCCACCGCCCUCCGCCCCUCCGCCGCCGCCAUCCGCGUCGCCAUCGCCGCCGCCGUCUGCGUCGCCGCCGCCGCCCUCCGCCUCUCCGGCGCCGCCGCCACCGUCCGCGUCGCCAUCGCCGCCGCCGCCCUCCGCCUCUCCGGCGGCCCUCUCAAUCGAGUUCCAGGUCACCGUGGCUGGCGGCAGCUACCCGUCCGAGGUGUCGUGGACCCUGAUGUGCAGCGGCGCGUUGAUCGGCAGUGGAGGGGCCCCCUACUCCGGCACCCUGUCCGCGCCGCCCGGCGAGUGCACGCUCGACAUGAACGACUCGUACGGCGACGGCUGGAACGGCGACCAGUGGGAGGGUGCGGGCAAUACGUUCACGCUCGACUCCGGAUCCUCCGGCAGCGCGACCUUCACCCUCGCACCCCUGCCGCCGCCGCCGCCGUUGCCGCCACCUGCGCCGCCUGCGGGCUCGCCACGUUACGUGGCGUGUGGCAGGACUGGCCGGUGCGACGAGAGCGACCGGUGGGCGGCUCCUUCCGAGAAGCACGAGGUGCGGUGUUGCUCCGACUCGCGAAUCGACGGCUGGAAGAAGAAAGCUGGGUGCUCCGUGUGGAGCGAGUCCGACGACGAUGAGAUGGGAGGCAAGUGCCACCACAACAAGAACUUUGCGCAGGCCUCGACCAUCUGCGAGGACGCGGGCGCACGCCUGUGUACUCGGGCGGAGCUGCAGGGGAAUUGCGCACGCGGGUCAGGCUGCGGCCACGACCGCGAUCUGAUCUGGUCAGGCACGGAGAGCGAGGCCGCCGCCCCUCCGCCGCCGCCAUCCGCGUCGCCAUCGCCGCCGCCGUCUGCGUCGCUGCCGCCGCCCUCCGCCUCUCCGGCGCCGCCGCCAUCGUCCGCGUCGCCAUCGCCGCCGCCGCCGUCCGCCUCUCCGGCGGCCCUCUCAAUCGAGUUCCAGGUCACCGUGGCUGGCGGCAGCUACCCGUCCGAGGUGUCGUGGACCCUGAUGUGCAGCGGCGCGUUGAUCGGCAGUGGAGGGGCCCCCUACUCCGGCACCCUGUCCGCGCCGCCCGGCGAGUGCACGCUCGACAUGAACGACUCGUACGGCGACGGCUGGAACGGCGACCAGUGGGAGGGUGCGGGCAAUACGUUCACGCUCGACUCCGGAUCCUCCGGCAGCGCGACCUUCACCCUCGCACCCCUGCCUCCGUCCUCUCCGCAGCCGCCGUCCCAGCCGCCGCAGCCGCCGCUGCCGGGCUACUGCUUCGCCACCUCGGCGGUCGCAUCCAAGGCCGUCGUCGACGUCCCCAAGAUCGUCGGCGGCGCUCCCGUCAACCCCGCGCGCAAGUACACCUGGCUCGUCUCGCUCGACGGCCCGGGCUCCUUUAUCGGCAAACACUACUGCGGCGGCACGCUCAUCGCGCCCGAUUGGGUGCUCACCGCCGCGCACUGCACGCAAGGCACCGUCGGCCGCGUGGCCGUCGGCAUGCACGUCGUCGCCGACGUGAACACCGACCCGUGUGUCUCCUUGCACGAGGUGGCGGAGAUCUUCAACCACGAGGACUACGGCUCUCCCAAUUCAGAAAGCAACGACGUCUCGCUGCUCAAGCUCGCCACGCCUGUGACCGGCUAUGCGCCCAUCGACUUGCUCGACGGCCCGGGCAUGGACACGCCCUUCCAGGAGCACCUCGCCAUGCUCACCGUCGCCGGCUGGGGCACCAUGUCCUCCGGCGGCGUGUCCUCGCCGGAGGCCAUGGAGGUCGACGUGCCGGUGGUCCAGAAUGAGGACUGCAACGUUGACUACAGUGGCCAGAUUGACGACACGAUGAUCUGCGCCGGCGACACCGUGAAUGGCGGCGAGGACGCGUGCCAGGGCGACUCGGGUGGCCCCCUCUUCGGCAUCGACGCCGACGGCAACUACGUGCUCACGGGCAUCGUGAGCUGGGGCAUCGGCUGCGCCGACGCCGACUUCCCGGGCGUCUACGCGCGCGUCUCCCACGCUAGUGAGUGGAUCUGCGCGAGGACGGACGGCGUGGUCUGUGGAGAGCCGGACUCCCUCAAGAGUCGCAAUGUCAAGAAGGCUGCCAAGAAGACUGCCAGUCCACUCGUGCCCCCUCUGGUGCCGCCCGUGUCGCCGCCUCCGGCGCCGCACGUAUCGCCUUCGCCUCCUCCCCCCCCGCCGCCGCCAUCGCCGCCUCCUCCAUUGCCACCUCCCUCGCCGCCUCCCUCGCCGCCUCUCACAGUCCUCGGCCCGGGCGAUGACGACGACGACGACAAGAGCACGGUCUUGAUCGCUGCGACCGCCGUGGGCGGCCUGUUCGGAGUCGCCCUCAUUGCCGCUGUGGCCACGCGCUACUGCAUGACGAAGAAGGCGGCGUCGGCCGAGGAGCCAAAGAAGGACACUCUCCCCGUCGACAAGAGCGUCGCGUAGAAGUGAGUUCAGACUUGGCCUAGACCGGACGCCUGUGUGAACGUUGCAUGUCCCCUACAGCCUGUGCGACGCUGCUGUGUGUUCGCCGGCUUAGUGCGUAGCCCCCUGGUCUAGUGCCCUGUGGCUGCACCGGCUGCUGGUCGAGGCAACUCCCAGUAGCUACAAGCACUGGUCGAGGUGCCCACAGCUACUAGCCCAGCUCCCUGUUUACUAGCCCAGCUCCCUGUUUACUAGCCCAGCUCCCUGUUUACUAGCCCAGCUCCCUGUUUACUGCGAAGUGUGCAUGAGCCAUGACAUGAACCCCUGUAUACGGGGUGUGGACCGUGAGUUGACCAGGGGUUGUGCGCCGGGCCCUCCUGCUCGGCUCCAGCCAGUAGACAAGUCUUGUCACUAACAGAGUAGAAGGAUCUGACCU